UAGGUGGCGCAUGCGGAAGCAGAUGAUGUGUAUGUUUUGUAAACAGCUGUGUCGACGCAGAGAACAAUUCAGUCAAGCUCUGUGACGGUAACGAAGCAGAUGAUUAAAUGUAAAUACUUAAAUACCCAAUGAGCCUCCGAACCCUAACAGCUGACGGUGACUGACUACCCAGAAGGCUACUAGUCCUGCCGCCGGCCGGCAUCCCGGUGCCGGUGUUUUCCCUCCGGCUCUCCCGCAGGGCUGGAACCAGAUGGAGACCGCACCGCCGAACGAUGGAGGAUCCAACUCCGGGUCAUCAUGGCUGCUUUGACGACGUGGCGCUGCGACAGCGGCCGCCGGGUCCUGGGGGGAUGGGGGCCGCUGCUGUGCGUGGUGCUGGGCUCCCUGGCCGUGCUGCUGCUGCCGCUGAUCGGGCUGGAGCAGCAGCAGCAGCAGCGCUGCUGCGGGGGGGCCGGGGGCUUCACGCGGCUGCGCUGCCGGCUGUGGGGGCCCGCGGAGCCGCCUGCAGCGGUGCAGUCCACCAGCCUCACCGUGCCCUUCACCGCCCUGGACCUGCUGCCCCAGAGGACCAAGCCCAGCAAAGAGACGGAGCUGGAGUCUAAAGCAGCACUGCAGCAGGCUCUGGAGAUGAAGAAACUUGGGAAAAGGGAGAAGGCUCACAAGCUGUUGGUACAUGCACUUAGUAUGAACCCAGACUUCGUGGAUGCUCUGACGGAGUUGGGGACCAUUCUGGAGGAGGAGAAGGAUGUUGUCCAAGCAGACCACCUCUACACAAAGGCCUUGGCCAUCUCUCCGUGUAAUGAGAGAGCUCUGGUCAGUCGCGACCGAACUCUUCCUUUGGUGGAAGAGAUUGACCAACGUUACUUCAGCAUCAUUGACAGUAAAGUGCAAAGGCUCAUGUCCAUUCCUAAAGGCAACUCUGCACUCCGUCGAGUGAUGGAGGAAACCUACUACCAUCACAUCUACCACACAGUGGCCAUUGAGGGCAGCACGCUCACUCUGUCUGAGAUUCGUCACAUCAUCGAGACGCGUUACGCCGUCCCUGGGAAGAGUCUUCAGGAGCAGAACGAGGCCAUCGGUGUGGAUGCAGCAAUGAAGUACAUCAACACCACACUGCUGUCCAGAUCAGGAGCCAUAACCGUCACUGACAUCCUGGAGAUUCACCGACGGGUGCUUGGCUACGUGGACCCAGUGGAGGGCGGGAGACUGCGCACCAGCCAGGUAUUUGUGGGCCACCACAUCCCACCCCAUCCUCAAGACCUGCAGAGACACAUGCAGGAGCUGGUUCAGUGGCUCAACUCUGAUGAAACACUGCAGCUUCACCCUGUGGAGUACGCAGCUCUUGCCCAUUACAAACUUGUGUAUAUACACCCUUUUAUAGAUGGAAACGGACGCACCUCACGGCUGCUCAUGAACGUUGUCCUGAUGCAAGCAAACUACCCGCCCAUUACUAUCCGUAAAGAGCAAAGGGCUGAAUAUUAUGGAGCUCUGGACACAGCCAAUGAGGGUGACGUUCGACCCUUUAUUCGCUUUAUAGCCAAAUGUACUGAAAUAACUUUGGACACAUUGUUGUUUUCUACAACAGAGCAUGCUGUGGGGUUGCCUGAAGCCGGUCAGACUGCGGGCAACCCCACAGCCCCACACCAUCCCAGCUGCAAACAGACCAUCCCAGUCCACAACUGAGGUAGAGCGGGGAGGAAAAGAUCCAUGCCACAGGCCGUCUAAACAUGUUUCAUAUUAAUCCCAUCGUGAAAUGUGUUCAGCUGUUGUAGCAUGCUGAAGCGAAUUUGGUUUUAGCUUUUCAUUCAAAUCAUUAUUUUCCUUAAUAAAAUGAAAUAAGUAUUAGUUUGUAACAUUUUCCUGGAGAUUUUUAUUAGAAUACAAUCUUAACUGGCUACCGCUGACACAAAUAAACGACCUCAUUUCUUUUUGAGUUGCCUACAGUGAGCAAAUGUUAAUUAUCUUUGUGAUAAAUGUCUAUCACUGUAAUGCACUUUCAUGUAUUUAUUUUAAAAUAAAAGUGUUCGAUACAUUUUCAUUGUGUCUUUAGCUUGCAGUGGUUUAGAUGAGGAAUGACGUUCAUCAUGUAUACUGGGAUGAAAUAUGUACACAACUUGAUUACAAAUACCCAAGAGAGAAAAAAGAAAUACAAAGAUUAAAUCAAAACUGUCCUUUUAUUAUUUACCAAUACUCCUAACUAAAAACAGUGACUCUUAUACAAAACAGCAAUGCACAUAACACAACCUUCUAAUACUGGACAUAAAGAUGAUGACUUUUAUAGACUUGUUUUAGAAUAGGGCACUGUGGUGAGAGCAACAUUUGUCAUCUGUUGUGAAUGUUUUUUUAUUACAAACUAUUAGAGAAAAUGUACUGUACUGAACACUAUGUAC